CUCCUCCCCUCCGUCGGAUUCGUUCAUUCUGGAAGCCUCCUCACAAUAUCAAGAUUUGAUUCAUUUCUUCCUCAACCUCCCAUCUGAAUAGAGGCAUGGCGGCGUGUAGAGGUGGAGGCGCCAAGGACGUAGACCGGAUCAAGGGCCCCUGGAGCCCCGAGGAGGACGACGCCCUGCAGCGUCUGGUUGGCCGCCACGGCGCGCGCAACUGGUCCCUGAUCAGCAAGUCCAUCCCGGGGCGGUCCGGCAAGUCGUGCCGCCUCCGGUGGUGCAACCAGCUCUCCCCGCAGGUGGAGCACCGCCCCUUCACGCCCGACGAGGACGACGCCAUCCUCCGCGCCCACGCCCGCUUCGGCAACAAGUGGGCCACCAUCGCACGGCUGCUCUCCGGCCGCACCGACAACGCCAUCAAGAACCACUGGAACUCCACGCUCAAGCGCAAGCACUCCGGCUCCUCUGCUGCAGAGGGGUCCCCUGUUCGUGACGCGGCAGAGGAGGAUGGCGGCCGGCCGCUCAAGCGGACAAACAGCGACGGGGGCCACCCAGCGGGGCGCUGCUUCAGCCCCGGCAGCCCGUCCGGAUCCGACCUCAGCGACUCCAGCCACCAGAGCAUGCCCUCCGUCAUGCCGUCCGCCGCCUCCCAGCAGCCGACGACGCACGUUUACCGCCCCGUGGCGCGGGCCGGCGGGAUGGUCGUGCUCCCGACGACGCCCCUGCCGCAGCCAUCGUCUCCGCCUUCGCCGCCGCCGCCUCCGGCGACGUCCCUCUCGCUCUCCCUCUCCCUGCCCGGCUUGGAUCCCUGUGAGGCAACCCCGGUGGCGCCGCCAAUGCCGCCGCCGUACAUGGCACCUCGUCAUCCUGUACAGCCCGCCGCUCCAGCGUGUCAGCAGAUGCCUCCGCCGCCCAUGCCGUUCCAGCUCCAGCCACGGCCCGCGGCGCCCUUCGACGGAGAGUUCCUGUCGAUGAUGCAGGAGAUGAUCCGGAUCGAGGUCCGGAACUACAUGUUCGGCCGCCCGCCGACAGCUUCCAGGCUGCCAAGCGCAUGA